CCUGCAAUUGGCCAACAGCUUUAAAAAAAAACCUCUUCCGGGUUUUCAACGGUUCCAAGUUUAUUUAGAUUUUUUUUUAAUGCAAAAAAAGGGGGACAACAAAUGAAGCAAUUCGUCUGAACAUUUUAAAGUUUCUCACGUACUCUUUUUACAUUGCAAUGGAUGAAUUCCAUCCUUUCAUCGAAGCCCUUCUGCCCCACGUCCGAGCCUUCGCCUACACAUGGUUCAACCUGCAGGCCCGAAAACGAAAAUACUUCAAAAAACAUGAAAAGCGUAUGUCAAAAGAAGAAGAGAGAGCCGUGAAGGACGAGUUGCUAAGUGAAAAACCAGAGGUCAAGCAGAAGUGGGCAUCUCGACUUCUGGCCAAGUUACGGAAAGAUAUCCGACCUGAGUACCGAGAGGAUUUUGUGCUUACAGUUACAGGGAAAAAGCCUCCGUGCUGUGUCCUUUCCAACCCAGACCAGAAAGGCAAGAUGCGAAGAAUUGACUGCCUCCGCCAGGCAGAUAAAGUCUGGAGGUUGGACCUGGUUAUGGUGAUUUUAUUUAAAGGUAUUCCGCUCGAAAGUACUGAUGGCGAGCGCCUUGUCAAGUCCCCGCAGUGCUCCAAUCCAGGGCUCUGUGUCCAGCCUCAUCACAUAGGGGUUUCUGUUAAGGAACUCGAUUUAUAUUUGGCAUACUUUGUGCAUGCAGCAGAGGAUUCAUUUCAUAGGGGUCUAUACAUCAGUCAAGAAAAUGACUACAGAGGAAUUACCAACACUCGUAAGAAAGAUUCAAGUCAAUCUGAAAGUCCCAGCCAGCCAAGUGAUGCUGACAUUAAGGACCAGCCAGAAAAUGGACAUUUGGGCUUCCAGGACAGUUUUGUCACAUCAGGUGUUUUUAGUGUGACUGAGCUAGUAAGAGUGUCACAGACACCAAUAGCUGCAGGAACUGGCCCCAAUUUUUCUCUCUCAGAUUUGGAAAGUUCUUCAUACUACAGCAUGAGUCCGGGAGCCAUGAGGAGGUCUUUACCCAGCACAUCCUCUACCAGCUCCACCAAGCGCCUCAAGUCUGUGGAGGAUGAAAUGGACAGUCCUGGUGAGGAGCCAUUUUACACAGGCCAAGGGCGCUCCCCAGGAAGCGGCAGCCAGUCCAGUGGAUGGCAUGAAGUGGAGCCAGGAAUGCCAUCUCCAACAACACUGAAGAAGUCGGAGAAGUCUGGUUUCAGCAGCCCCUCCCCUUCGCAGACCUCCUCCCUGGGAACAGCUUUCACACAGCACCACCGGCCUGUCAUUACAGGACCCAGAGAAUUCAAGAUGGUUCCCAGCAUCCUCGGUUCUCCUUUCUGGAAUAUCUGCUCAGCAAGUCCACAUGCAACACCAUCGACUCUUCAUUUUCCGACAUCACCCAUUAUCCAGCAGCCUGGGCCUUACUUCUCACACCCGGCCAUCCGCUAUCACCCUCAGGAGACGCUGAAAGAGUUUGUCCAACUUGUCUGCCCUGAUGCUGGUCAGCAGGCUGGACAGGUGGGGUUCCUCAAUCCCAAUGGGAGUAGCCAAGGCAAAGUGCACAACCCAUUCCUUCCCACCCCAAUGUUGCCACCGCCGCCGCCACCACCAAUGGCCAGGCCUGUGCCUCUGCCGGUGCCAGACACAAAGCCUCCAACCACGUCAACAGAAGGAGGUGCAGCCUCCCCCACCUCACCAACCUACUCGACACCCAGCACCUCCCCCGCAAACCGAUUCGUCAGUGUUGGACCACGGGAUCCAAGCUUUGUAAAUAUCCCUCAACAGACACAGUCCUGGUACCUGGGAUAAAAGUCGAAGUGUCCCACCAUCCACCAGACAGACCACCUGACCCCUUCUCAACUCUGUAACAUGGACGCAUCCUCAACCCAGCGCGGUUACAACUUCACUGUCAGGGGAAGGGGAGAAUCAAAUCAACUUGUACAUGGAAACAGCGAGCAUUAUGGUCAAACAGCAAAGGCCAUAACCUUUUGGGAUUUUUUUUUAACUACUUUUGGGACUGUUGUAAUUUUCUCAUAUGGUGCUGGAAAUGGCUGGGCUUUGUAACAUAUGAAGUGUUUUCAUGGUGGCGUGAGCAUCAGGUAAUGUGGCUAGAGGAGGUCUACCCUUGCUCACUGACUUCCAUUGUAACACACUUUCCUUACGGAGCCUGGCCGUUUCACAGUAUUCCAUGAAUUUACCCACACAGGUGUGAGCCUCCGCGAGCAAUCAGGAGGCACAUGGAAAACUAAAUCUUUUGUAGUAGCUGAGAUCUGCAAUAUAUAACUUACGGGACAGUCAAAGGGCAAUGUUUUUCUGUAACAUAUUGGAAAAAGAAAAUGCAGUUAUGUUCCUUUUUUCCUUUUUCUGUUAGCUUGGUUUGGUUCGGCAGUCAGCAGUUCAAUCUAUAACAUGGCCCUCAAGGACAGUGAACCCACUCACGUUGCAGAACAAUUCCGAAAACGGCAAACUACUACUACUAUUCAGUUUUGUAAAAGUUUUGAAAUGCUGCACUUACGUUAAAAAACAACAACAUUUUUUCAACAAUUUCAACAAUGACACACAAAUUCAUAUGGAAAUGGGGAAGAUGGUCUGUUUUGACAGAAACUGACAGGAAUCAAUCAAAACAAUCGAAUUUUGAAUUGAGUAAAGUGCAAUUUCAUUGGAUAGCUAAAUAUCUUUGUAAGAUAGAGAUUGUUGAAAAUUCUAUUUUUGUUUUUCAAGUCCUUCCACCCCAGGACUCUAAAUUAUUGGGGUAAAAAACAGCCUUGCAAGAAAAAGGGGAGCUAUUUUUGCUUUUUAUGUUUUUUAUUGUUAAACUUGUAUCCCUUUAAAAACUGAAGGAAAAUUUAAAAAAAAAAACAAAAAAACAAAUCUAAUGGUGCUUUUACCACAAUAUGUUAACUACAUUAAAUGCUAAUUAAUUAUUUUCUGUUAUCAAAGCACAUAAGUAAAAUGAAAUCAUGGUAUCUGUUAAUUUCAUAAGCUAGAAGUCACUAUAAUGGAUUAUGCCAAUUCUGAAAAUUUUUACAUGUAUCCGGCAACAUAGGAUUUAUCAGUUAUCAGACACUUCAUUGUACCAGAGAUUGUCCACAAAUUUUAAAGACCUUUGCGCCCCUGAACUGGGCUAUGGGAAAAAUCAUAAUAAUAAUGAAACCAAUACUGACACAAAUGCUGGUGCCCACUCAGAUCAAGGGUACUUGUUAGGGAAAAAAAAGUUUGCACCCCCAAAUGUCCUGUAUCUUAUGUAAAAAAACACACAAAAAAAGACAAAAAAAAUAAUAACAAAAAAAAAGUGCAAGUGAUUUUUCUACCAGACAGUGAAGCACCCCUUUGCUUCCCAUGCAACUUCCAGAAGAUUUCCUAUACUAUACAUAUAUAUACGUUCUGGUUGGCAAGCCCUGCUGAUCAGAGAAAGUCUCUGCAUGUUCUAGUGUUAGUAACUAAUUUUUAUAUAGUUAAUGUAGGAUAAAGUAGAGUGCAUUAAGACACAAUAUUGUAAUCCCUACUCUAGGCACUUGCCUUUAAACUAUGUUUUCCAGCCCUUCAGAAGGGUUCUACUACUGUCCUAUACAAUCAAGUAACUGAAAUUCUUGGGAAGACACUUUGCUCCUCAUCUUUCCCCCCCAGAACAAUGUUGUUUUGUUUUGUUUUUUUUCCUUAAUUUGCACGAAAACAAAAAUUCCAUAUCAAUGUGCCUUGCCCUGGAUAGCGAUUAUUUGUGGAAUUGUUGCACAUGCUCCUCUAUUGAAAGGGGGUUUUCCCUAGUCAAGCAUUUGGAGACACUUUUUGUAAAUGUGACUUUUAUGUCAGCCAUUGUCAGUUUCAACAUCUAGAACUAAAUAGAGAGUUAGUCGUUCCGCAGAUAGGAGUAGUCUUUAUUGUCCUCUGUGGUCAGUGGCAGUGCUAUUCUGAGAUCUGUAGAUGCUUAGAAUAUCAGUAUUUUGGAUGUUGCUGCAUUUUACAAUUUAUUUGGAGUCUUCCUUUAUUUCCCCCAACCCCAGAUAUAUGAAAAUAUGCAAUACCUGCUUAUAUCGUGUAGAAAAGCUUAGCGAUGAUUAAUUUUUCUUUUAUUUUUUUUAUUUGACCAAAGUCGGUGCUGCACUUGACGCAGUGUGUUUUGGGUGUUUGUCUUUGUACUUUUGUUGUGAUUUUUGAAUGCACGUGCGCAGGAAGGGCUCCUCUUAGAGAAGCAGUCAAACUGUGAAGCACUAAGCUGACCCUGCUUCAAGCAAUUUUGUUUUUACAACUGUUCCUUUCACAAGCAAGCCUUAAAAAAAAAAGACAACUUCCUUUUUCUUCAGCUCCCACACCCCAUUUUUCUUAGCAGACUGCAGUCAAUCCACAUUCAAUAAAAAGUAUAUAAUGCCCAUUUUUAUAUGCACGUUUUUAAACUUCCAAGUUCUGACAAUUGUUUACUGGUUAUCUCUAUUUAAGGAAAAAAAAAUAAAAUAAAACAUUUUGGAUUUUCAUACGUGUCUGAUAAGUGGUUGAAUAGUCGUUUGGCGCUGUUGUAUGGUGUGGUUGUCAGUAUAUGGUGUCACUUCCUAUAGCCAGCCAGCAUACUUUGCCUUCCCCCUAUAGCACUUAGCUGGGCAUUACUUUAUUAUGACAUAUGUGCACUAAAAAAAAGAAAAAAGGAAAAAAAAAGAAAAAAUAGCAGCUUUCAGUGCUUCACAGUGAAGGGAAAAAGCCUAGACAAACAUUUUGUCAGAACCUUGCAAUAAGCCAAGGUAUUACCAGUAAAUUGGUUGUAUAUACAAUAAAAUUGCACCCUUUUUUUAAAAACAAAACAAACUAAGCAAUAGUUUGGGCAGUUUUAGUUGUUUUUAGUGAGCAUGUUGUAGUCAUGACUGCAAAGAGAGAGAAUAAACUGCCCACUCAGAAGAUAAUGUAAUUUGUAUUGUUGUAUAGUUUUAUUGAUUACACUGAUUUAUUCUACCCUAUUUUAUAAUGCAGGACUUUUGUAAUGUUGUUUAAAUGAGGAAAAAUUUCUGUCAAAUUAGCCUAGUGAAACUUCCAAUUGUUCAUUAUAAAGGCAGCGUUCAUAGAAUUGCUUUCUUUCUCCCCCACCCCGCCCCCUUUGGGAACUGGAUUUAAGUUUAAAACUUUCCUGUUUCCUUUUUGUUGUAAGUAUUUAAAUACAGUUAUUUUUUUUCUCUCAAUGGUAUAGCAUAUUCCUAUGCUUGAGAAGUAUAGGUCUACUGAAAAACCAUUGUAAAUGGACGUUACAGGUAUGCUGUAUUUUUUGAAGGUAUUUUGUUGUAUUAAGUUUGAUGAAGCUAAAAUUAGGGAACUCUGAACAGAUUUGCAGGAAGAAAAUGUUUUAAAGGCUUUAAAACAUUAGGGAGGCAGUCUAGGGUGAAAAUGAACAGGGGUUAAGUAUUAAAUACACUAAGUUACAUUUUUGUUCCUUUCAUUGUCCAGAAAGCAGCAGGAAACUGUAGUUCAGUGGUGAUCAAGCAGGAAAGAAGCAACACCCACCGUCCGCGUGUUUACCUUGUUAGAGUAGAAGCCCAGAAAGACCUUUGAGGAAGGCGUGGGGCUCAUGGGACCGGGUGUGUAGACUGACAGACAGACAGACAGACAGAUGGAGGGCUGUCGGCAUUGGAAGGCCCCGCCCUCCAUUCAGAGACAUAUUUCAAUGUUUUCUCUUCCGUCACAUGGCAUUAACAAUAUUGGCAAAGAUAACUUCCUCAAGUCACUCUCCUUUUUUUCCCCCUUUGGGAACUGAAGUCAGAGGCACAAACACUAAAUCCGAAUAGUUUUCUACCUACUUGUUUUUCUGGCCCCUCCCCCUGCCACAAAAAUGCGCCUUUUCUGAUCCCUCGCGCCACUCUGCCAUCCCCGAGGCUUUUUCUUUCCUUUGAGAUCUGAACUCACUUUUCCAUUUCUUCACACACUGGCAUGAACAGCUAUUUAGUACCAGCUUCUCCCCACCCCCACCCGCCCCUCAGUCAGGCUCGGGCUGCUGGGCAUCUGCCCCAACACCUGUGCCCUCCACUCGGACAGUCCAGUGAGCAGGGACCCGCCCCCGGGCAUCUGCAAAUCCCCUGGGGAAGUUGCUCCUGCCCUUUCAAGCUCAUCCCCACAGGCCUUGCACCCUGUAGUCAGUGUCAGAAAGUACUGAGGAAAUCUGGAUUAAGAAAAGCAUUUCUCCCUUGGGAUUCUCUGGGGGGAGGGCUUCUGAGAAUGUCAUUUAAUGUACUUUGCAUCAUGUCUCUGGAAAUACUUUGUCGUCCAUACUGGUGGUAGUGGUGGUGGUGGUGGUGGUUUCUCUCUCUCUUUCUAUAUCUCUGUCUCUUUCCUUCAUUUCUCUCUCUUUUUUUUCUGGUAGCAGGCCUCCCAUAGAACAAAUUGCAAACACACUGACAUGGUCACGUAAGGAGAGCUUCAGUGGCACCUCACCCCCCUCCCAGACCCGUCCUUGGCCGGUCUCAGUCUCAGAAAGCGGCCCUGCCCACGGGCAGAGCUUUCAUUCCCAUCGGCUCCCGAGGCCAAGUUCGUCCUGAAGUCAAUGCAUGUAUUUACCAUUUGACAGCCAACCCACUCUGCCUUCUCCACGUCCAAGGCUGUGCAUUCGUCUAAUUAGUGUCAUGUCUGUUUUCCUUUCAUUUUUCCCAAUGAAAAAAAAAAAGCAGUGGGAUGAAAAUUGCUUUGAUAUAUAGCAGGUAACAUUGAAGCUAUUCCAUAGCACUUAACUGUAGUGAAUUCUGUGUCACCAAUUCUGAAAUCAAUUUAAUGUUUCAUGCAAAUCCAUUACAUGGUGCUAUUACAGGCUGACAAAAUGAUUUACACCAAUGUGACAACUUGGGCUCAAUUCACUCUGCUUUCCAACAGUGUAAAAUGCAUAGCAGUGUUUAUCUGCAUGACAACUAUGCACUAAUCUGUCUGAAAAAAAAAAAAGAACUAUAUCAACUUUGGUAUCUACUUUCCGUUUACUUCAAUCCUUGCCUUUUUGGUCAUUGUUAUAAUGCCAGCUUUAGGACAGAAAGAAUUAUAAGAAAACCAGCAUAAUACCUGAUAUAUUAAAAUGUAGUGCCUGUGAAAUCUGUAUUAUAUUGCUCUUCUGAAGUAAGAUUUUUCUACACCGGUAGCCUUCGCUGUCAGUCAGUCAGGACCUUCUGGUAUAGGUGAUGUAAAAUACCCGUACAAUAUUAAUGCAUGCUAUUCCAUAAUGCUUAGUGAACUGUAUGAAUAUUACUCAAAGUUAUGUUAGUCUUUUUUUUUUCUGACUUGGUUCUUGUCAGCUAGGUUUAAAGGUAUUUCACUGAGAACGCAAAUUCUGUCUUUUCUUGAUUUCGACUGUUUUCAGUAUUUUGGAGGUAUACAUUUACUUAAAUUCAGUAUUACUUGUGUUUUUGUUUUCGUUUUUUGUUUUCUUUUUCUUUCCUAGGGGACAGGCAUGGGUGUUUGAUUUCAGAAAUCAGGCCCUGGCAAGACUUUUGUCUAAAAACGACGGUUUCUGAAUUUCAAGAACUGCUGCAAACACCCUCUUGCGGACAUUUCCAGGAGAGGGGCGUUCUCCUUGCCCGCCGCCGAAGCUCCGCUCACCCGAGCGUUUUCUUAGUGGACAGUGCUCAGCCAGGUACCCAUGCUUGAUCCGUCAUCACACCAGACUUCCUCAUACGAAAAGGAAAAAAAAAAACGAAAAAAAAUUCUUUAAGAAAUCACUUGGCUAUUUAGUUUUAUGCACAGUUGCAAUAUUUUCUUCAAAAAUAAAACUGUACAAACUUUGGGCCCGAUUCAUAAGAAAAAGACAUUUGCUAUUAACACGGGAUUUUUAAAAUAGACUUUUUUCGUCUCAAUUUGAAAGUAUUUUCCAAAUUAAAUAAAUUUUAUCUCAUUUUUUUCCUAAAUGAGUACCCACCUGUGUUUUAUGCCCCAAAGGGCUAUGAGGGGGACAGGAGAGUGGGGAGCAGAUACCAGAAACGCCCAGGAAGAUGAGGGUGACACCUAGACCCAAGCAGAAGGGGUGGCAGUGUGUGCCAGGCAGCACGGGUUUCACAUGUGGACUCCUAUGCUGUUUAAUUAAAAAAAAACUAAUUUCAAAAAUGUGUCAUCACCAAGUCCUACUGUGUGAACUUUUCUAUUUUUAAUCCCUGAGGACAAUAAUGUCCAAAAAAUCAGGCUGUUUUUCCUGCUGUUUUGAUGCUCCACUUCUCAAAAUAACAAAAGUUUUUGUUUUCCCUUUGAUUCUAUUUGUUAUUUUUACUAUUAUUUCAGUAGGAGUCUAUAAAUUAGCACUUUAAAUAAAAAACAUCUCAACCCAUGGUCCGCAAGGCCACUGGCUCCUUGGGGAUGGAGAUUUGAGAGCUGCCAGCUUCUUGCUUCUGCCCUCUUCUCAGAUGGCAUCGCUGAGAUGCUAACUAGCCCUAGGGCCAGAGCUUCAUCAGGUUCUAGGAGGUCCGCAAGGAAGACUUUCAAAGGCAGACACACACUCCCCCUUCCCCUACAGCCAUGACCUCUAACCCGGAACAGAGUUCACUGGGGACUUUUCCACCACCCUUGGAAAUCUGUCCAUUCAAGAUAUCUCGGUUUUACAUUUCAAAUUGGGGGGAGUGGGGGGUGGAACACUUCCAAUGAUAAGAGAUCCGUUGUGAAACUGAACACUCCCGUGUUAAUAACUUAGCUUGACAUUUGUUUUUAUGAGCCGGGCCCCCUGUGCCUCUAGAUUACUUGUAUUGACUUUCAUAGUUAGCCUUUUAGUUUUACUGUGUUCUGUGAAAAUUUGUAAUUGGUUGAGAAUCACUGUGGGCGUCCAUUCUUAUUCAACUAAAUCUCCACAGGUUUUUGAGCUGGUGUGGAUUAGAUUAACUCUUGUAUUCAACCAUUAGUGCUACCACCUUCUCACAUUACAAUACAAUUACUGGAAGCAAGUACUGCAUUUCCUAUGCAACAAAAAAGGAAAAAUAAAAAAUUGCUAAUGCUAU